AUGUACUGUGUCGCCACUUACGCUGCACCGCUGCUCAGUGCUGCCCUCAGCGUGAUGGUGAUCUUUCACAGUGUGUACUACAUCUCUACUGAAGAGAGGAGCUGGAAUGAGAGCAGACAGGACUGCACAAAGCAAGGAGCUGAUCUAGUGACCAUAAACAACAAAGAGGAGCAGGACUUUCUUUUAAGUGUGGUGAAAAGCACUGUUUGGAUUGGUCUGACUGACAGAGACACAGAGGGGGUGUGGAAAUGGGUGGAUGGUACAGCACUGAACACUGGGUACUGGGAUGAAGGGCAGCCCAAUACUGGUGGUGACAAUGACCAUGAGGACUGCACUGCUAGUUAUCAGAAAAACAACAGACUGAACAGUUGGCGAGAUGCGUCAUGUUCUACUUCCUUCAGUUGGGUCUGUGAGAAGAGAAUUGUCCACUGA